AUGAGGUUGGAGCAGUCCUUGCCUCUCUUGGGACUCCUGCUGUGCAUGGUUGGCACCGCAGCUCAGCAGGUUGGCCCACCUUCCAAUAAAGAAUUCCUGGUGGAGAUUUCCAGCACCACGGUGACAAUCACAUGUCCCUUGACUGAAGGCAGCAUAGCCUGGGAGUUAACUGGAAAAAAAUCAGACAACAAGGAGAGGAAGUACGUUAUAGAGAAUCACAACAGCUCUCCUGUCAACGUCAGUUGUUCAUCAGGCAGUGAGAAGUAUGAAAUGUACCUGAAUGCCAGAGUGUGUGCAAACUGUGAGGAGCUGGACACCUUGGCAGUGACCGGGAUCAUCACUGCGGAUCUUCUCAUCACCUUUGGGGUGCUGAUUCUGGUCUAUUACUUCAGCAAAGACAGGAAGGGGAGAGCAAGCACUAGUGCUGGCAGUCGGCCACGAGGUCAAAAGAUGCAGCGUCCUCCUCCUGUUCCAAACCCAGACUACGAGCCCAUCCGGAAAGGCCAGCGUGAAGUGUAUGCAGGCUUGGAAUCCAGGGGCUUCUGA